CGUUAAACCUCAUCGAAGAAGAUACCAUAGUAGUAGAAGAAGAACCAUGCCUCCUCUUCCACAAGUGCGACUAUAGCUAGCUAGUUACGGUAGCGCCAGCUGGAGCAGUAGUCAUGGAUCCAAGCACCACUAUUCUCCGGGUGAAAAGAAAGAGAGGAACCGACCCUGCCGAUGCUUUGCUGCUUGCCUGUAAACGUAUUCGGCCGGAGACCACAUCCCAGACCGCUGGGGAAACUGUGCCUGAGCCCGAUGAUACAGAGGUUGAGAAUUCAGUCUUCAAACUCGUGGCGACGGUAGCAUCACAGGUAUGGGCCGCUGUCAAACCACGGUGUCUCGUGGGCGCUGGACACAAUCGGCUGGUGCUGUGCAAGACACUCAAGUCUGCUGUUUUUGUUUAGCUAGCGUCUUUGAUGUUUAGCUAACUAACUGUAGUUAGCUUAUCAGUUGGUUAACGAACGUUAGGUUUAUUGCUAGUUAGCUAUCUAAAUUAGAUUUUCUAUCCAGCCCAAGUCAUCCUUACUUAGCUAACUGGCUAACUCGCUUUGUGUUGAUUAGCAAGCAAGCUAACUAACACCGAGAUAGCUAGGUAGCUAUCGUUAGCAAACUAGCCAGCCAGCCUACGUUCUCGCUAACUACGUUAACUUCACAGCACCAUUAUCUGGUGUACCUGCCUUUUGCACACCUGCCCUUUCAAGACCACGUGGACAAUAUUAAUUUGUAUAGUUAGCUAGCUAGCUAUGUGGAGAUAAUCCUUCGCAACACCUGUUGUUUGGGUAGAAAAUAACUUGGUUGGCAUUUGAGUUGUGUGGUGAUGGUCCUGAAAUUCAGUCAUAGCUAGGUUGCUAGUUUCCAUAACCUAUUUUCUACAUUGUUUUAUUUUCAAUCUUAAUGUAUUCUUAGCACUCAAACAGUUCUGGUAGCUAAGUUAAUUUAGUGAACCGUUCAUGUAAUGCACUGCAAGUCUUAUUAGUCUCAACCCUCUUUGUUAGGAUAACUGCUUCCCUACACUGUCACUAUUCUCAGGAUGCCCCAGUCCAGACACAGGUUCGUGAAGCACUGGCCCGCCCCCGCAUGGCCCACGCCCAGCGCCCCUCCGCAGGCAGCUCCCAGAGGAUUGUGGGAGAUCUGCGGAGCGCUAAGUGGAACACCAGGCGGGAGGAGCGAUACAGGAUCCUCUCCAGCCAUCGAGCAGGGCUGCCUGCGGAACAGCCCCUCUCAACGCAGCCAGAGCCCACAGAGGAGGAGCCAGGCAAAAAUGCCUGGAGCCUGGGUGAAUAUCAGGUGUUUGACAUCAUCCAGGAAGAUGGGGACCAGGACAAAGCUCCUAGUAAGGUAAGUGUGAGCUGGGCUCCCCUAAGGUUUAGCUAGAGCUGGGGAAACUUUCUUAAAACCAGGAUGUCCUAUGUAAACGUGUCAGUGCCCACAGUUCCCAUAUGAUGAAUUCAGUUGAGCCAGAUUAUAGCCUACCUGCCACUGACACAUAGGCCUAGUAUUUGGAUGGCUAGAAUGUUAUGCUUAUUGUGACUGCCCUCUGUUUCCCAGUUGCUGAACCCUGACCCAGAGACUAUCCUGUGUAACUCGAUGAAGAUGAUCCGUGAGAAGCUGAGUGUGUCUGGAGAGGGUGUGGGUGUUGAGCAUCGUCAACGGGAGGACGACUACGUGUAUGACCUUUACUACCAGGAAACAGUCACUGCAGGCUGGAUCCAGGACAUCCUGUCCGUCAGGCCCUACUCAGACGAGGGAGAGUUGGUAAGGUUCAGAACACAAUACUGCAAUGCACAUGCAUGAUACAAGUAUGAACAUUCAUAGCCAUGCAGAUAACUUAGCCUAACACAUAGACCAAUCUCAAUUGUACCUGCUUAAUUGAUUUGGUAAACUGCUGUGGUGUCUGACUAAUCUUGUCCACCAGCCGGCUCUUUCUCUUUCAAACGGUCUGGUUUCACAGUGCCUCAGAAAGGGACUUGAAUAGAGCCUAUGGCAGGACCGGGAAGAAGUCCAGCUGAAUUUAUUGGCUGAUCUGUCAUCACCAUCUAGCAUAACCCUCAGAACCUCCCCUCUACAUUGGGGAUUUCAAAGCGCAAGCGAUUUAGGCUAAACAAGGAAGUGAGCUCGUGAAAUCGGAAAAUGUGUAUCUUAGAACUAGUUUUCACAAACUUUAUAUGCCCAAACUCAAUCAAUUGGGCUUCCCAAAAAAGUGCUGUGAUAACUUUUUUUUUUUAAAAUUCUAAUACAGCUGUAACAGGCUCUCUCGCCUCGAUUUUAACCCACACCACUUUCAAUUCAAGUCCCACUUUGUUGCCCAGUGUUUCCAGGCUCUAAAUGCCGAAGCAAUUGAGCCUGGGACGAGGUUAGUAUCUGAAUAACAUAAAAUGGUGCAGGAGGAAUAACCUUGAUGUCUUGGUUUUCCAGGUGCCUGACUUGGUGGUGAAUGAGGAAGAAGUGUAUGAGGACGAGGAUGAUGAGAAUGAAGAGGGGAACUGGAGGAAUGACUACCCAGAUGAAGACGGUGAGGAUGGCAGCGACAGAGAGGAGCGCUAUGGAGGUAGGCUAGUACAAAGUUCACUAAAGCGUCACACAAUGAUUAUCAAAGCUCCCAUAGUAAGCGUAGUUGCGUUACUAGUUCCUCUCCGAAACCUAAUUUUGCCAUUCUCAUCCUGAAGGGUACUGGGAAGAGGAGCACUCGUACAGUCGGAGAUCCUGGGACCGGUACCAGAGCGAGGUGAUGCAGGAGUUAGAUGACGACGAUGGAGACAAGGAUGACUCUGACUGAUCUCCAACUUCAAGCACUGGUGGAUGUGUUUGAGUGUCCUUUUUUACUGUGCAAGUGUUGGUGUGAUUUUGUGUGAGUGUUCAAAGUGAAUGGUGGUAGAUGUGUUGCACAUAACUGGUAUGCUUUGUGUGCUUCUUGUUAAACUUGUUUGUUGGUGAGAUGGUUUGGACUGCGUUUGCAUUUUGUGCAUGGUAGUAUGUACGUGUAAGCGUAUGGUAGUGAUUGUGCAUCUGAAAGUGUGGAGCGUUUUGUGUGUUACAAUAUGUUUGGGUCUACAUUCCCUGUCACAUGGAGAUUGUACUCUUGAUGUGUGAGAGAUGUUUGAUGAAAGAUUAACUCAGAAUCCCUUUUGUAAAUAUGUAGAUGUGUAUAAAAUAAAGCUUUCAAAAUAAAUGUAAAACUGCCAAAGAAAUUAUGUGCAUUAUUGCUGUAAUGAAUAGAAACAUACUGCAAAC